AUGUUCAAGCAAUUACACAUCAACAUCUCGUUUACUGAAGCAUUAGAGCAGAUGCAUAAGUAUGCUAAGUUUCUUAAGGAUGUCCUCUCCAAGAAGAAGAUAUUUGGUGAAUUUGAAACAGUAGCCCUUACUGAAGAUUGCAAACACUUCAAUGGAAAGGCUCUAUGCGAUUUGGGAGCAAGUGUUAACCUGAUGCCUGUAGCUGUUUUCAAUCGAUUAAAUUUGGGUGAAACAAGGCCAACAAUUGUUACAUUGCUCUUUGCUGACAGAAGUAUCUCACAUCCAAAAGGGGUUAUAGAAAAUGUCUUGGUGAAGGUAGAUAAAUUCAUAUUCCCAGCUGAUUUCAUUGUGUUAGACUGUAAGGUAGAUUGGAACAUUCCUAUUAUCUUAGGACGGCCAUUCUUAGCUACUGCAAGAACUCUCAUUGAUGUGGAAAAGGGUAAGAUCACCAUGCGAGUAAAUGAUGAGAAGGUAAUAUUCAACAAGAAUCAAGCCCUGAAAUUUCCAAAUGAUUCUCUUCACUGUAACUUUAUCGAUGUGAUUGACUCUGCAGUACAAGAGGAGUUGAUUAACUCUUUGACCAAAGAUCCCUUGGAAGCAUUGUUGAUUGGAGAAACGAGUAGUAUCAUUGGCAAGGUUGAAGCUGCUUUAAGCUCUCCGCUAAAGCCUUUUGUUGAUAAACCUCUAGUGUUGGAGUUGAAGACUUUACCUCUACAUCUCAAGUAUGCCUACUUGGGUAGUUCUGCUACAUUACCUGUGAUUGUUUCUUCUCAGUUGUCCACGUUACAAGAGGAGAAACUGUUAAGGGUCUUGAGGAACCACAAGAAAGCUAUUGGCUAG